AUGGAUUCCACCCAACCCCAACCCCAGACAGGCUUCCGCUCCCGCCGCUCUUAUCCAUCUUUAAAUCAGAUAUCUGUCGCACCUUUGACACCACGCUACCCUAUUGACGAUGAUGAUGGGGAUUCAAAUGAAAGCCAACAGGAUUAUUUCACGCCCCGCAAUGAAUCUGUCGAAACCCCAACCAGAACCUCCUAUUUAUCUAGCUACUCGGUACCAGGAACACCCGGGGUUCUAUCCCGCACUCCUUCGCGGAGCGGCUCGCGCGUCCGCCACCACACCAGGAGCAAGAGCUCAACGCCUAUUCAUCUAAGCGACUCCAGCCUCCACGAUCAGAACGUGAAUCCACCGCUGCAUCAUCACCGUCACCAUUCAAGAAGUAGCGGAAGCAGAAAGACUAAGCGUCCUACGGCGGUGCGCCACCAGACUGCCGACGCGCGGGAUCCAGAAUGGAUGCUUCGCGCUGGAAUAGCGCUGGCUUCGUCUGCUCGUGAAGAAAAGGGCCAAAGCUGGCUUGUGAAACGGGAGAGUUCGACCAGCUUGGUUUCCGAGGGCCAAAAGUAUGAAGUGGAUGCUAUUUCACAGUCUCUGCGAACGAGCAUGGGUAGACGCUCACGAUCUGGCCGGUCGACCCCCGCUGCAUUUUCGCGGUCCCGUACAGAGAGUCGACGCAACAGUAGACCGGACCUUUCCAUGACCGGUCUUGAAAUGACCAUGCCUUCCUCAUCGACGCGUAGUAGUAUACACGCGGGUUCGAGGCCACGCACUCCGCACACCAACGAUGAGCCGAGGUCUUCUCUCUCCUUACUUCCGGAUUUCAUAGAUGAGCGAGUCCGCGCGGAGAUGCGAGACACCAUGGAGCAGGGUGACGGCGGGUAUGACUCCGCCGCCUCAAAUGAUUGGGACUCAUCAUCAUCAGAAGACGAAGAAAUGGACGAACGCGAGCUGCGGCGCCUCACCCGCGAGCGCGGCUUUGGCCUCGGAAGCUUCGUAGACCGGUUAGUCGAGUGGACGUUAUUUGGUGUGGACGACUGGCCGCUUUCCUCCGCAGAUCCGCUGAACAACGGGCCACCCGGGCCAGAGGAAGCUCAUCCAGAAGAGCCCCACCAAAUAGCUACUCGUUCGAUUGCAGAAUCAUCCGACAAUGAUCAUGACGAGACUAGGAGUCAAGCGUCAGACACCACCCACGAGGAACUUCCUGCUGAAAUGGCUGGGGAGCACGGCGGUUGGGAGGAUGCAGGGUGGUUUUUCCGGGCGAUGAGGCGAGCGUUGAUAUCUGCGUAG